UUAACGUGGGCUCGUCUCCGCAAGCUGAACUUUGACCAGGGUGGAGAUCGCGGUACCAGCUCUACAUUUCCUUACAUAACUUCAAAACACUUCACGGUGGGUAGAGUUUUUCGUCUCCAAGUCUCGAAGAUGUUUGCCCAGAUGCUUCGUGGACAUAGCUGAAGGAAUUUGGCAGCAGUUCUGUUCCGUUUGGGCCCAGAGUCUGCCUGUAAAUCUGCGGUGUUGACUUUGUGCAUUGCGGGAAUGUGGAAUCCAACAUGGCGAGCUGGCGCCAAGUUUUCAACUCCUACUAGUCCUACUUGGCCAAGGUCGCUGAGACUACGGACAUAGGUUGAUGCAAAGCUGUUCCCUAGCUCUUAUGUGUCCGUGGGAAGACUGCAUACUUGUCCCACGUAUUGUAACACCUGAAGUUUCCAGGUAAAGGGAAGGGACAUCAUGAUCCCCUUGUCCUCGUUAGUUCGGGUUGAGAGGAUCGAAGAAGAGGCGGAGGAGGCGUUCACAAAACGGCGGCGGACGCGAUGUCUGAUGAUCAUCGGGACAGUCACCCUGUUCACGGCCGGCAUCAUCGUCAUGAGCAGAGUGUCCAUGAUCGCCGGACAGAUCAUCGUCUGUUUCACCGCGCUGCUGGUGUUUUUUGUGGGUGUGUUCAGCUGCUGUGUGAGUGUAAACAAAACGUGUAGACGAAACAGCGACAGGGAGCAGAGAAUCGCGGCUGUGUGCCCGCAGGACAUGCAGGACUCCCUCCCGGGGACAGUAGUGCCCAGGAUUGAGCCGGCCUGUAGCAACCCCACCCCUCAGACGACAUUGCCACCCUACACUAGUAGAGAGGACCUGCCACAGUAUGAAGAAGCACCUCCGUACCACGAGGUACCACCAACAGUGGGGUACCCUGAGCCUCAGCCUAGGUACCCACAGGACCCAGAGGAGUACCACAACAGGAGCAGUACUUUAUUUCCUGGUGUUUACCAGCCACCACCUUCAUAUGAGGAGGCAGUGAAUUCUGCAAAAGUAUUCCUACCAGGCCUGCUUUGGAACGUUUGCUGCAGAAAUCCUCCAUUCUUCAGAAGUGACUUGUGGAGGCACACCAGUAGGCGUGGUUUACGAACAACAAUGCUGCCUAUUUCAGUGCUACCGACAGACCAGAAUGAAUCAGACGAGGCCAAGAGAAGACGACUUAAACGAUGCAUCUUGGCGAUGGCGUUCGUCUUGUUCUCUGUCUUGGUGAUUUUGGUAUACCGAUAUUCCAUCAUAGCGUCACAAGUUAUGGUGGGUGUCGCCACGCCACUGUUCAUGGGCGCGAUCCUGUUCCAGUGUUGUUGUCGCACAGGGGCUCCUCACCGGCCGGGUACCGGGGAACAGUGUGCCGCAGAUCCAGAGCUAGAGAGCGGCAGUGGAUUUGAACAGCCGUCAACGACACUGCUGGGGUAUGGUGACCCACAGGCUACCUUACCACCUUACACACGCGUGGAAGAGGAGCCUCCUCAGUAUGAUGUCAUCUACAGUGACGGACAGACUGUGCCUAUUCUGGAUCCAGCAGUCUCGUACCCAGGGACAGCACUACAACUGCCACCCUCGUACCCAGAAACCCCAUGUGCGGAACAACCGAUGCAGUACCCACAAAAUUCCGACAGGGGCACCACCGACCAGUCAGUCCCCCCACCGCCCUAUGAGGAGGCGAUAACAUCCGUAAAAUGAUGAUAAUUUAUGUC